GCCAUCUCCUCUGCCCGUCGCUCUUGUCAUUAUCCGUCCCAGCAUGCCUGUCAUUCACUACGACAAUACUCUUGGGGCAGGUUUCGUUGGAUGCCUAUUCACAGCGACCUUAUAUGGCGUUACCUGCGUCCAAAGCUUUAUGUUCUUCCAAUCCUCUUCCCAGGAGCGUAAGCUAUUGAAGUACUCGGUCUCCUGUCUCUUUGUAUUGGAUACUUUGCAUUAUAUACUAGUUGCUCACACCCUAUACUGGUACAUGGUGACGAACUUCACUGAUCCAACGGUGAUCGAGCGGAUUCCUUGGAGCAUCUUCCCGGUAUACUCGUCACCCCCACCAGUGAUUCUAUUGUUCGAUGCUUUUUCACCUAUCGCGUCUGGGUUUAUUGUUGGCAUAUUCGUCAUGUUUGGUGUCGGCAUAGGGUUUGGUAUCAAAGGAUUGUUUCUACCAACGUUUUCCCAGCUCGCGAAGCUCUCCUGGCUCAUGUAUCUAGGGUUGGGGCUCUUGGUUGUUUGCGACGCUUACACCGCCCUUGUGCUUUGUUAUUUACUCUACAAAGGACGAACAGGCGUCAAUAAAGGGACGGACUCCUUGAUCAACGUUCUGUUACUGUACACGGUGAACACCGGGUUGCUUACCAGCAUUUUUGCGCUGGCGUGCUUCAUAACAUACGCCGCUAUGCCAACCAAUUAUGUCUUCUUGGCAAUGUACUUCCCCCUCAGCAAACUAUACCUCAACGCACUGUUAGCUUCGCUGAACGCCCGAGGUCAUAUCGGUCGGGUGGGCGCAGACACCACUGGACAUGUCAGUAUUCCUUUCUCGAGCCGCACUAGAGUUGGGCAAGAGACAAUUCCCAUCGAAUUCGC